UGGAUAACGGGCCAAUUUGGACUCAAAGACUUCUAAGGGUUUGAUGGAGACUUUACAACUCUCCAGACCAUUGCUCUGCAAUGACGUUUUGAAUACUAGAUCUUUGGGAUUAUGGUACUUGCAGCAACAUGGGGCUUCAGCCAACAUCAGCAGCCGUCAUACUAAGAAGCCCACCCUAAGCCCUGCCUUAAAUUAAAGCAAGCAGUACAGGAAGAGAGAGCAUCCUGAAUGGAAAAAUCGAAGGAAAAGAGUAUCCGUGGCUUAAGACACAGUAUAGCAGGGCCUAGCCAUGCAGUCCUUUCUAGUGAUUCCAGUGAUUCAUCAGAAACCAAAAGACUUCAUACUUCUAAGGUCAUUAAAAAGGCCAGUCAGGUAAAGAGACCAAGUACUGUCAUUGUACGUAAAAGAUCCAGUAGGGAAAGUGCAUCUAGUGGUACAGACAGCCAUCCUAUCAUCCCCCCGCGAAGACCAGCUUUUAAACUGUGCUAUAUCUGUGGAAGAGAAUUUGGCUCUCUGUCCCUUGCCAUCCAUGAGCCCCAGUGCCUGCGGAAGUGGCAUAAUGAAAACAACAAGUUGCCCAGACACCUAAAGAGACAACCGCCCAGAAAACCCCAACCCCUCGGCACGGCUGUCUCUAACAAUCUGCACUCUCUCCAAAAAGCUGCCUUGCAGAAUGGUCAGCCUCAGCAAUUGCCUUGUGAAUACUGUGGGCAAACUUUCUGGCCGGUUGAUCUUGCCAUCCACCAAAGAACUUGUAAGCAAAGUCCUCCUACCAAGAAGGACAUGUUUGUUGAAUUCAUGUUCCUACCCAGGACUGCCAUCUGUUACAUCUGUGGCCAGAAGUUUGUCAGCCAGGACCUUCCUGCCCAUGAGGCCGAGUGCCUGGAGAAAUGGAAAGCAGAGAACGAUCGACUCCCCGAAGAGCUUCGCCAGAUGCCCCCUCAGAAACCGCAGCAGUUUCCAAAUAAUCUAGACAAGCCUGAGAAAAAAGCAAGUUCCAACGACCGUCCCAAGGACGAGCCCAUCGUUUGCUCCCUGUGUCACAAGCCCGUGAAGGCAGAUCGUUUUCAAGUACACCAGAAAUUUUGCAAAGGGCAAGUGUCUGGGACUGGCACCUAUGAAAGUGGGGCCAAAAUGGCAGAGGCAGUCAAAAUACAUCCACAAACCAGCAAGGCAGGAUCCUCACCACCUGACAAGACUGGUCCUACUGAGCAGGAAAUGUUUGUUGAAUUCAUGUUCCUACCAAGGACAAUCAACUGUUACAUCUGUAACCAGAAGAUUUUCGUGGAGGCCUUUCUUGCCCAUGAGGUGCAGUGUCUGGAGAAAUGGAAAGAAGAAAACGAUCAACUCCCUGAAGAGCAACGCCAGACACCCCCUCAGAGGCCAGAGCAUUUUGCAAGUGAACUAGCUCUGUCGAGGAAAAAACCAAGUCCCAAUCCUGAGGAUGACCUGGUUGUUUGCUUCCGUUGUCACAACACCGUAAACCGAAAUGAUUUUAAUGAACACCAAAAAACUUGCCAAUUUCAAGGCUCUGAGUCUGCCAAUGCAGAAUCCUCACCACCCAACGAGACUGGUCCUACCGAGCAGGAAAUGUUUGUUGAAUUCAUGUUCCUACCAAGGAUGAUCACCUGUUACAUCUGUAACCAGAAGAUUGUCGUGGAGGCCUUUCUUGCCCAUGAGGUGCAGUGUCUGGAGAAAUGGAAUGAAGAAAACGAUCAACUCCCUGAAGAGCAACGCCAGACACCUCCUCAGAGGCCAGAGCAUUUUACAAGUGAACUAGCUCUAUGGAGGAAAAAACCAAGUCCCAAUCCUGAGGAUGACCUGGUUGUUUGCUUCCGUUGUCACAACACCAUAAACCGAUAUGAUUUUAAUGAACACCAAAAAGCUUGCCAAUUUCAAAGCUCUGAGUCUGCCAAUGCAGAAUCCUCGCCACCCAACGAGACUGGUCCUACUGAGCAGGAAAUGUUUGUUGAAUUCAUGUUUCUACCAAGGACGAUCAACUGUUACAUCUGUAACCAGAAGAUUUUCGUGGAGGCCUUUCUUGACCAUGAGGUGCAGUGUCUGGAGAAAUGGAAAGAAGAAAACGAUCAACUCCCUGAAGAGCAACGCCAGACACCUCCUCAGAGGCCAGAGCAUUUUGCAAGUGAACUAGCUCUGUCGAGGAAAAAACCAAGUCCCAAUCCUGAGGAUGACCUGGUUGUUUGCUCCCGUUGUCACAACACCGUAAACCGAUAUGAUUUUUAUGAACACCAAAAAACUUGCCAAUUUCAAGGCUCUGAGUCUGCCAAUGCAGAAUCCUCACCACCCACCGAGACUGGUCCUACCGAGCAGGAAAUGUUUGUUGAAUUCAUGUUCCUACCAAGGACAAUCAACUGUUACAUCUGUGACCAGAAGAUUGUCGUGGAGGCCUUUCUUGCCCAUGAGGUGCAGUGUCUGGAGAAAUGGAAUGAAGAAAACGAUCAACUCCCUGAAGAGCAACGCCAGACACCCCCUCAGAGGCCAGAGCAUUUUGCAAGUGAACUAGCUCUGUCGAGGAAAAAACCAAGUCCCAAUCCUGAGGAUGACCUGGUUGUUUGCUCCCGUUGUCAUAACACCGUAAACCGAUAUGAUUUUUAUGAACACCAAAAAACUUGCCAAUUUCAAGGCUCUGAGUCUGCCAAUGCAGAAUCCUCACCACCCAACGAGGCUGGUGCUACUGAGAAGGAAACGUUUGUUGAAUUCAUAUUCCUACCAAGGACGAUCAACUGUUACAUCUGUGACCAGAAGAUUGUCGUGGAGGCCUUUCUUGCCCAUGAGGUGCAGUGUCUGGAGAAAUGGAAAGCAGAAAACGAUCAACUCCCUGAAGAGCAACGCCAGACGCCCCCUCAGAGGCCAGAGCAUUUUGCAAGUGAACUAGCUCUGUCGAGGAAAAAACCAAGUCCCAAUCCUGAGGAUGACCUGGUUGUUUGCUUCCGUUGUCACAACACCGUAAACCGAUAUGAUUUUCAUGAACACCAAAAAACUUGCCAAUUUCAAGGCUCUGAGUCUGUCAAUGCAGAAUCCUCACCACCCAACGAGAAUGGUCCAAGGAAGAAGGAAAACAUUGUUGAAUUCAUGUCCCUCCCAAAGAUGAUCAGCUGUUACAUCUGCGGCCAGAAGAUUGUCACUCAGGUCUUUCCUGCCCAUGAGGCCGAGUGCCUGGAGAAAUGGAAAGUAGAAAAUGACCAACUUCCCGAAGAGCAACGCCAGACGCCCCCUCAGAGGCCCGAGCAUUUUGCAAGUGAACUAGGUCUGUCUGAGGAAAAACCAAGCCCCAAUCCUGAGGAGGAGCUAGUUGUUUGCUCCCGGUGCCACCAGUCCAUUCACCCAGAUAAUUUUCAUGAACACCAAAAAACUUGCCAAGUUCAAGCCUCCGAGACUGUCAAGGCCCCCCUCAAAAGACCUCCACCAACAGUCAAAUGCUACAUUUGCGGUCGUGAAUAUGGCACCAAGUCCAUCAGCACCCAUGAGGCACUGUGUCUGAAGAAAUGGCAUAAUGAAAACAAUUUGUUGCCUAAAAAGUUACGGAAGCCAGAGCCAAAGAAAACAGAAGUUAAGACCAUCACAGCCAAAGGUUACUAUGAUCUCGAUGCUAUAAAUGAAACUGCCUGGACAAAUGCCCAGAACCCAUUGGUUCCAUGUGAUAACUGUGGGCGUACCUUCCUGCCAGACAAACUAGUCAUCUACCAGAGGUCCUGUAAACCCAAGCCAGCCAAGUAAAGCCUUCUCUACA